AUGUCGCUUUUAUGUCUUCUUACCCUGCCUGCGCUUGCCUUCCUCUCGCUGUCGGCGAGUGCGAUGCCUCAUCCUCGGGCAGCAUCGAGCACGUCUGCACUCAAGCUCGCCGUUAGAAUCCACUCAAACGGGAUCAAGAACAUUGCCGCCGCAGACCGAGCUCGAGCUCGAACCUUAGUGGAAGCGGGCAGUAGCUCUUCCAUCGGCAAUGUGACCAAUGCGGGGGUGAUGUACACUGCUGACAUUGGCGUUGGGAGUCCACCAGCGUACCACACAGUCGUGGUAGACACUGGGAGCUCAAAUACCUGGAUUGCCAAUAAGUCUUAUACGAAGACAUCUACAAGCUAUGACACAGGAAAUCAAUUCGUUGUCUCAUAUGGCGAUGGUUUCAACUACACACUCGUUGCUGGAGAGGAAUACACGGACACCAUAACACUCACCUCUAAUCUGGUCAUUGAGAAGCAAUCUAUCGGCGUCGCAUUCAACGUAUCAGGGAUGGGCUCUGUGGAUGGAAUCCUCGGCCUUGGACCAGUUGACUUAACAUGGGGUACGGUUUCGAAUGCAGAAGAAGUUCCGACUGUGAUGGACAACCUAUACACGCAAAAUACGAUUAGUUCUGAAGUAUUCGGGGUGUUCUUCUCACCUGCUUCCGCUGGUGAUACCAGCGGCGAGCUCACAUUUGGCGGUUAUGACCAAUCCAAAAUUACUGGAGACGUCGGCUAUGCGCAUAUCACAACAACAUCUCCAGCGAAUGGAUAUUGGGGCGUUGAUGAAGCUAUCAGCUAUGGGGAAACAAAGAUUCUAACUAGUGCAGCCGGUAUCGUCGAUACCGGAACCACUCUUAUUCUCAUUGCCUCUGAUGCCUUCGACAGCUAUAAGUCAGGGACGGGUGCAAUCCUUGAUGCUUCCACUGGCUUGUUAAAAAUCUCGUCUGACCAGUACAACCAACUCUCGUCCUUGUUUUUCGAGAUCGGCGAGGAAAGUUAUGAGCUUACCCCCAAUGCGCAAAUCUGGCCUCGAUCAUUAAACACCGCCAUUAACGGUACCACCGACGGCAUAUACCUGGUCGUAAGUGACAUCGGCAUGCAGUCUGGUUCUGGCUUGGAUGUUAUCAAUGGCUAUUGUUUCCUAGAGCGUUUUUACUCAAUAUUUGACAAGACGAACUCCCGAGUCGGGCUCGCCGAGACCCAGUACACCUAUGCUACGACAAAUUAA